GCUCAUCAGUGCUUUGAAACAAACAGCUCUUAACCGAAGGAAUUUGAUACUUCAAUUAAGGCAAUGGUGAAAGAAAAGAAAAAAACAGACAAAAAGGUGGAUAAGUCUGCCCACUCUCCGUCAUCUCUCUCUGAUAAUCCAGAAUUUUCCAAGCAGGAUGGCAGUUCUGCUAGACACGAAAUGUCCCCAAGCACCAUCCCACCUUUGGGACCAAAUGAACUGGGAUCCAAAAGGGAUUCCAGAAGUGACAAUCAGCACAGUGAAGAAGCUGCUCAAUAUGAAGAGCCCAUUCUGACCACUCUCAUCAUUGAAAGCUACAAAGGGGGAAAAGCCCACGGACUGUAUGAGGGAGAAGGCUUUGCUGUCUUCCAGGGAGGUUGUACCUACCGCGGUAUGUUUUCCGAAGGACUCAUGCAUGGACAAGGGACUUACAUAUGGGCCGAUGGAGUGAAAUAUGAGGGGGACUUUGUGAAGAACAUCCCCAUGAACCGCGGCACGUACACGUGGCCGGACGGCAGCACCUACGAAGGAGAAGUGAUCAGCGGCAUGAGGAACGGCUUCGGUGUGUUCCAGUGCAGUACGCAGCCCGUCUCCUACAUCGGCCACUGGUGCCAGGGCAAGAGGCACGGGAAGGGCUCCAUUUAUUACAACCGAGAGGGUACCUCUUGCUACGAGGGCGACUGGGUUCACAACACCAAGAAGGGCUGGGGGAUAAGACGUUAUAAAUCAGGCAACAUUUAUGAAGGCCAGUGGGAAAACAACAUGCGCCACGGGGAAGGCAUGAUGCGGUGGCUGACGACGAACGAAGAGUACAACGGCCAGUGGGAGAGGGGCGUCCAGAAUGGUUUAGGAACACACACUUGGUUUCUAAAGAGAAUCCCCAACUCCCAGUAUCCUUUGAGAAAUGAGUACAGAGGGAACUUUGUGAAUGGAUGUCGUCAAGGUUACGGGAAGUUUUACUACGCCAGUGGAGCCAUAUAUGAGGGGGAGUGGGUUUCCAAUAAGAAACAUGGCAUGGGCCGAUUAACUUUCAAGAAUGGGCGUGUGUAUACUGGCCCGUUUUCCAAUGACCACGUAGCGGAGUUUCCAAAUCUCGAAGACGAACUGCUGAAUCACCCAGACCCGUCUUCAGAAUCUGCCCUUGGGGGCCAGUACCGAGGGUCUUCCAGCACUGAGAUUGUCAGAAGGCUUGACGGCAGCGGGAGUGAUUCAGUGUUGGGGUCGACCAUUGAGCUGGACCUGCUUUUACUGCUCAGUGAGUACCCCGAGACAGAGCAAGCAGAGGAGAGGAAGCAGGUAGAAUAUGCUGUGUUAAGAAAUAUUACAGAAUUAAGAAGAAUCUAUAGCUUCUACAGCAGCCUAGGAUGUAAUCGCUCCCCGGAUAACACCUAUCUGAUGACAAAGCUUCAGUUCUGGAGGUUUCUAAAGGAUUGCAAAUUUCACCACCAUAAAAUAACUCUUGCUGACAUGGACAGGGUAUUAAGUGCCUAUAAUGACAUACCAGUUGAAGACAUUCAUUCUCCAUUUACAAAAAUACUUUUCAGAACAUUUCUGAAUUACCUUCUGCAGUUGGCUCACCACAUCCAUCACAAAGAAUUCCAAAACAGGAGCCCCUCGCUCUUCCUGUGUUUUACAAAACUGAUGACGGAGAACAUCCAUCCCAACGCCUGCCAUGUCAGAGGCAAUUUAUUUAGCAGGCAACCGCGGACACUCUACUCGAUGAACUACAUCGACCUGAGCUGGGAGAUCUACACCGCGCACUGCAGACCGAGCGCCGCGCCACCCCACGAGCCCACCAUGACCAUGCGACACUUCCUCUGGGUGCUCAAAGAUUUUAAAAUGAUAAAUAAAGAGUUAACAUCAACCAAGUUUGUGGAGGUCAUAGCACAGGACAAUCCUUUCGUGUAUGACGGAAUUGACAGCAACUUGGAACUUGAGCUUGUUUUUCUGGAAUUCUUUGAAGCUCUCUUAAGCUUCGCAUCCAUCUGUGCUACCGACCAAAUGACUAAAUCCUAUUUAAGUUUUCCAAAUGAUGACUUCACUGGAUACAGACCUGGAAUCACUUUUCCCGGCUGUCCUUGCUCUGCCCCCCAGAACAGGAGCCUGAGCGCAGUGAUGAGCCAGGAGUCCGACGUGCACGUGGGCAGCGCCAGGGCGUCCUCCAGCAAGCUGGCGCAGCUGCUCGACGUCACCCCAGACAUCAAGACGCCACAGAAGGCACAGCUCAAGUUUAGGAAGUUGCUAAGUGAUGACAGAAUUUCCAAAAUGAAUUUUAAAUCUCCAGGAAAAGGGCUAACCUUUUUAUUACCUCAAAGUGAGGAAACAGAAAAGCCCAAGGAUGAACAAAAUGAAGAUCUCAACAUGUGGAUCAGCCACAUGUGUAUCUUUUUUGUGAACAAGCUCUUCCAAGCACACAGACACGAAGAAACUCUCAAGGAGAAGGUGAAGGAGAACAGGUCCCGUUACGCAGCCAUGGCCAAGCAGAGGAAGACGGAAAGCUACGAGCUGGAGUCAAGGCUGACCAGCUUGAGAGAGGAAGAGGCCAAGAGGCCAGACUACGAGGUUGACAUCACCGUGAUCAAGGAACCGGCGGAGACCCCAUCCUCGAACUUCACGCCGAGCCCCGUCAAGGAGGAAACCAUGGCCGUCCAAUCCAAAUCCAUCAUAAGCAGGAAAAAGAGAAAAUAG